CUCAGGCCAAGGGCCUGAGUUUUGAAGAUGCAGAGACCCAAGUUUGACUGUCAGCCAUCUGCAAGCUUAGAGACCACAGUUUUGGUGUCCUCGUCUGUGAAGCGGGCUAAGUGCCCCAGUAGUUGUGGAAUUAAAGGAGGCUGCAUGUGGAAGUCCUUUAGCUUGGUUCCAGGGCCGCAGUUUGGGCUCCAAAAUGAUCACUUAGCGCCUAGCCCAGAGGCCCACUGCAGAUGAAUCCCCCAAGGUGGCUACGGAGCGCUGUCACCAGAUUUUUUGAUGGUAAAAGAAUUCCACGAGUUCAAUCCCCGGUACCGAACAAAACAAAACAAAAAAGAAUUCCAGUUAAGCGUUGGCAGUGAUGCUGACAACCUGAUUUUCUCAACUCACACUGUCAUGAAAGGGGUCCGUUGUAGUAGUCUGUUCUCUCCCGCUUUUCUCCAAGUGACUUGUUUCCGAGCUUGCCCUGCCCUGUCAGCCAGCGAGGCCUGCAGGGAGUGAAUGACCUGGCAUUCGUGCUGCACACUCAGGAACCCUUUCUGUUCCAGGGCUGCAGUCUUUCUGUGAUGGAGGGAAGCAGGCAGACCCGGGUGUCUCGGCCGUACAAGAUCAGCGAGUCGUCAAAGGUGUACCAGUGGGCCGACCACCCCACCACGGUGCUGCAGCGGCUGAACGAGCAGCGGCUCCGGGGCCUCUUCUGUGACGUGGUGCUGGUGGCCGAGGAGCAGCGCGUGCCCGCGCACCGCAACCUGCUGGCCGUGUGCAGCGACUACUUCAACUCCAUGUUCACUCUGGGCAUGCGCGAGGCCUUCGAGAAGGAGGUGGCGCUGGUGGGCGCCUCACCCGUCGGGCUGAAGGCUGUGGUGGACUUCUUGUACGGCGGUGAGCUGGUGCUGGACGGAGGCAACAUCGACCAUGUACUGGAGACGGCGCACCUGCUGCAGAUCUGGACGGCGGUGGACUUCUGCUGCGAGUACCUGGAGCAGGAGGUGAGCGAGGACAACUACCUGUACCUGCAGGAGCUGGCCUCCAUCUACAGCCUCAAGCGGCUGGAUGCCUUCAUCGACAGCUUCGUGCUGAGCCGCUUUGGCACCCUGUCCUUCACGCCCGCCUUCCUGCAGAGCGUGUCCCUGCAGAAGCUGUGCCUGUACCUGAGCAGCAGCCAGGUGCAGCGCGAGUGCGAGCACGACCUGCUGCAGGCGGCCCUGCAGUGGCUGACGCAGCAGCCGGACUUCGUGCUGAGCCGCUUUGGCACCCUGUCCUUCACGCCCGCCUUCCUGCAGAGCGUGUCCCUGCAGAAGCUGUGCCUGUACCUGAGCAGCAGCCAGGUGCAGCGCGAGUGCGAGCACGACCUGCUGCAGGCGGCCCUGCAGUGGCUGACGCAGCAGCCGGAGCCCGGAGUGCUGCAGACGGCGCGGACAGCGCUGCGCACCGACGGCGAGCGCCUGCUGUUUGUGGGCGGUGAGGUCUCCGAGCGGUGUCUGGAGCUCAGCGACGACACCUGCUACCUGGACUCCAAGAGCGAGCAGUGGGUCAAGGAGACGCCGCUGCCGGCCCGGCGGAGCCACCACUGUGUCGCCGUGCUGGGCGGCUUCAUCUUCAUCGCAGGUGGCAGCUUCUCUCGGGACAACGGAGGGGACGCAGCCUCCAACCUGCUUUAUAGGUAUGACCCCCGCUGUAAACAGUGGAUCAAGGUGGCCUCCAUGAACCAGCACCGUGUGGAUUUCUACCUGGCCUCCAUCCAAGACAUGCUGGUGGCGGUUGGUGGCCGGAACGAGAAUGGAGCGCUCUCUUCCGUCGAGACCUACAGCCCCAGGACUGACUCCUGGUCCUACGUGGCCGGCCUGCCCAGGUUCACCUACGGCCACGCGGGCACCAUCUACAAAGACUUUGUGUACAUCUCGGGCGGCCACGACUACCAGAUCGGCCCGUACCGCAAGAACCUGCUGUGCUACGACCACCGCACAGACGUGUGGGAGGAGCGGCGGCCCAUGACCACGGCGCGUGGCUGGCACAGCAUGUGCAGCCUGGGCGACAGCAUCUUCUCCAUCGGCGGCAGCGAUGACCACCUAGAGUCCAUGGAGCGCUUCGACGUGCUGGGCGUGGAGGCCUACAGCCCGCAGUGCAACCAGUGGACGCGCGUGGCACCGCUGCUGCAUGCCAACAGCGAGUCGGGCGUGGCCGUGUGGCAGGGCCGCAUCUACAUCCUCGGGGGCUACAGCUGGGAGAACACGGCCUUCUCCAAGACCGUGCAGGUGUACGACCGCAAGGCCGACAAGUGGAGCCGCGGGCCCGACCUGCCCAAGGCCAUCGCCGGCGUGUNGGCCUGCGUGUGCGCCCUCAAGCCGCGGCUGGAGGACAAGAAGAAGAAGGGCAAGGGCAAGCGGCACCAGGACCGUGGCCAGUGACCCGUGGCCACCCACACCCUGGUGGCUCCUGGUGCCCGGGACGCACCCUGCGCUCCUUAGCGCUUCUUUUCACUUUAAUAACUCCUGCCAUCUCUCCAAUGUCACAGCCACCAGUCAACGUGGACUUUACUCCGUGUCCUGCUUGAAGAAUCACACUGGGACC